AUGAUCACGUCAGCGGCUGGAAUCCUUUCCCUUCUGGAUAAAGAUGAGCCUCAGCUUAAGGAAUUUGCACUGCACAAACUGAAUGCUGUAGUCAAUGAUUUCUGGGCAGAGAUUUCUGAAUCGGUGGAUAAAAUUGAAGUCCUCUAUGAAGAUGAGAGUUUCAGGAGUAGACAGUUUGCGGCACUUGUGACUUCCAAGGUGUUUUACCAUCUGGGGGCAUUUGAAGAGUCACUGAACUAUGCUCUGGGUGCUGGAGAUGUGUUUAAUGUCAAUGGCAACUCCGAAUAUGUGAAGACAAUUAUAACCAAGUGUAUUGACCAUUACACCAAGCAAUGUGUAGAAAAUGCAGAACUUCCUGAAGGUGAGAAGAAGCCAGUGGAUGAGCGCCUAGAAGGGAUUGUGAACAAGAUGUCCCAACGCUGUUCAGAUGAUCACAAAUACAAACAAGCCAUCGGUAUGGCACUUGAGACACGGCGGCUGGAUAUUUUCCAGAAAACUGUAUUGGAAUCGAAUGAUGUCCCUGGCAUGUUGGCCUACAGUCUGAAGGUCUGCAUGUCCUUAAUGCAGAACAAGCAGUUUAAGAAUUGA